AUGUCUUCAAUUCCUCAACUUAACAAUAUCACCGGGGUCAAGGCUGACCCAAGAUUUUUAAAAGAUCCCUCGGCGUUAGAGUCCAUUUCUUCAGCUUUAUAUGGACUUUCUUCAUAUUUACCUACUUCGAUUACUUCACUACGUAAAGCUACGCCUGACCAUAAUGCUUAUCAGCACCCAUUAAAUCAUCAAUAUUCAGAUUAUUUACCACAGCAGUUUGCUAGCGAUACAGAUCCACAAAAUCAUUCAGUUACUGAUGGGAAGUUUGAAAAAAAAAAAAAGGAUGUUAUAGUAUAUGCUGGUUUUGAUGAAAUCGUCUUUGCAUCUUCUAACAAACCUAACGCAUCAGUAAGUCAAUCUGUUCUUAUGUUAGGUUAUCCUGAUGGAUUUCAGAUAUGGAAUGUAUCAAGUGUGGAUAAUAUCCACGAACUCAUAUCUAUAAGAGACGAAGAAAAGCUCGGUGAAGUCACGUAUAUUAAGUCUAUACCGAAUCCACAUUAUACUUCGGAACAUGUUCGUGAUAAAUUUGCAGAAGCUCGGCCGCUAGUUGGUUUAGUCUCGAUAUCGACUUCAACACGUGAAAAUGGACUUCAAGAACCAUUUUCAAAACCAAAAAGUUCGUUAAAAUUUUAUUCAUUAAAGACACAUCAAGUUGUGCAUACUUUAGACUUCGAGAAUGAAGGAAAUAUCGUUGGUGUAAGAUGUAACGAACGAGCGAUUGUUAUCGGUAUGAACACUCCUGCAAAACUACAUAUAAUAUCACCCUUGACACUGGCUCCCCUAUUUAAAUCACCAUUACAUGAUGUCGCGCUUCAUCCAUCGAAUCGAGCUCCAGUUUUUACAUUGGGACCCAGGUUGUUGGCAUAUGCAACAACUAGUCAGCCGCUUGAAUCUGAUGGUAAGAAGGAUGGCGACUAUAGAGAUGGUGAUGAUUUAAUCGGUGGUUCUUCAGCUAAAUAUCAAGAUGUUGCUAAGGGAGUUGCAAAGGAAGUCGUGAAUGGUGUAAAAUUUCUGGGGGAUUAUGGAUAUCAGACACUUUCAGCCUACUUUGCGAAUGCGUCAAACUCACAAUCUAUAACAAAAAUAAAGCAAUCUUCUUCCAUGCCAAUCAAUAUUCCUUCACCUAGUCCAUCUAAUGGUUAUUAUUAUAAUUCGAGAACUGGUAGCGUUGGUAGCUAUAGCAGUGAUAAUAGCAAUGGUUUUAUCGCUACGGUUAACAACGGAAUUGAAAUUGACAAAGAUGACGGAACCAAAGGAGCAAUAAUUAUUCGUGACAUUGGCGCACCGUAUGGUUCUAAGGAACCUUCAAUUGUUGCACACUUUGCCCCACAUACCCAUCACGUUGGACAAUUAUCAUUUAACCCUUCCGGUACCUUAUUAUUUUCAACUUCUGUUCAAGGUAGCAAAUUUCAUGUUUUUGAGAUUCUUGGUGAAGGUGGCGUUGGAUGGAGUGGGGAUUCCAGGUGGUGUGCUGUAGCUAGUGGUAAAGGAACGAUUCACAUAUUUGCAAUAAAUCCUUAUGGAGGACCUUCUCAUAUACCCUCUCAUAUAUCGGGUUUUGUUAAAAAUGUUGACGAACCGUAUAGUUCGAUUACACAAUCUCCAGUUGUGCGAAUUAAGCCACGUACCCCUUUACCACCGGAUCCAAUUGAUGUAGCUGCUAGCGGAUCUUCACAAAAUUCAAAUAAUAUGUUUCCUAUGAAUCCUCAUGAAUAUUAUUCAUUCCCACCUCCUGAAUCAAAUGUUUCUUCCACAACUACUAGUCCUUCACGUCAUCUCAGUCCAUUGCCUUAUUAUAACAAUAUUAAUAAUAUGUCUUCUCAUCAUCAUCUUAAUGGACAAUCAAAUCUAUCAUUUCCUAACGGAUUUCCUAUGAAUCCUUUCUAUCUUAUGAGGAAGCCCCCGGGAAUGUGCAUUAAAUUUCUUCCUUCAUUAUCUGAUAAUUCUAAAACAGCUAAUCAUGAUGGACUUUUAUUUGCUAAUUUAAAAGCAAAAAGGCAAGCCAAAAGAACAUCCAUUAAUUAUGAUGGAAAAGCGUCUGCAAAUUCUCAUAACAAAAGUGGACGAAGAAGAACUCGAUCAUGGUCUCAGAAUUAUAUGCCGGCCGCCAAUAAUUCCGGUCGCCAAUAUCUUGAAGUGGAAGAUUUAGAAUCUAAACAAGAAGAUAUUGGGUAUCAGGAUGUAUUAAGUUUUCAUCCAGCUGGUGUUUUAACUUUGCAUAGAAUAUGGAUGGAAGGAGUUGUGGUCGGAGAACAAAAUUCCUCCUCACGUCAAGGAGAUAGUCAAGAAUCGAACAAUUUAAUUACAAUGGCUGGUACACCUUUGGCUGGUAGUGCAGCUGCUGUAGCAAAUGUUGGUAGAGUGUUGGUUGGUGGUGCAACGACUGUUGUAGGAAUGGGAAGGGGGAUUACAGGAGUCACAAGAAAGGAAGCUGGCACUUUAGAUAUGAUUACGAAUUAUGAAGAUGUUGCUGAAUGGCAAAUUUUACGUGGUAAUAAUUGGGCCGAGGUUAAAAAUGUUCUUGAAGCACCGAGACAUUCUGAUACAUUGGCUAAAAGAGAUGGCAAUAAUAAUAAAUGGUUGGCGAAUGCUGAAAUUUCCACACAUACCAGCUCUAGAAGUUCAUUGCCACCACCUUUGUGGGCUAGUCCUCAAUUCACCUUUCAAACAUUUUUAACCGGUCAUUUGGAAACCAUUCGUAAAGGUGAAAUACCACGUUCGAGGAAAAUUGAAGUUCGAAGGGACAUAGUUGAACGUGUCGAAAUGGUAGAUGAAGUUGCUAGCGAUACAAGUUCUUUGGGGGUAAAUGGGUGGGUAAAUAACGGAGAGGGCAAUUAUGAUGUGCGCGGUCAAGGUAGAACAAGUAAGGCUGUCCUUAUCCAGGCUGGUAAAGCUAUUGGGAAAGGUGGCGAUAUUUCUGAGAGUCUAUCAUCUGCCAUGCGUACUUCUCUCGAUUUUUCACCAUCUAGUCCAACAUUGAGUGCUGUUAGCACAAAAACUAAAGAUCGUACGUCAAAUGGUUUCAUUAACGGACAUGCGCAAACAAAUUCAGGAGACUUAUCAAUUACACCAUUAUCGUUUGAGGACGCAUAUCACAUUCAUAUUGCCAACAAUAUCCCUACCAAAACCGCUAAUAACAAUAUCAAUCCUUAUAUGUCAUCGACUGUAUUAAAAUCAUCCAAGUUAAACAACGCUAAUAUUUCUCCAAAUAUCUUAGCGAGUAAUGCUACAAUUACUCCACAUACGCUAUCGUUUACAAGAUCCACUUCUUCUUCUUCAUCGGUAAACACAUCUGAAACCACUUUUAGCGAAGUUGAAACUUUCACUAAGGGAAUCGAACAAAAUACAGAAGACUUUAUAAGUGAAGAAGGAAAUUUCUUUUUUUCACCAGAUGGUGAUAACGAAGUUGAAUUACCAAGUAAUAGUGUGAUUGAAUUGCAACGCGGUGGUAGAGACGUAGGUGGUGAUAACGGCAUUGGGGAUCUUGUUUUUAAUUUUGGGUCGGGAUUAGAAUGA